CCAAGGCCAGCCAAGACACCCCCUGGAAUCACACUGAGCUCACCACAUCCCCAAGGCGGCUGAACCUUCCGCACCAACCCAGGUUAAACACCAGAGGCCCCAUGGAGUUUCCUGGCCUGGGGGCCCUGGGGCCCUCAGAGCCCCUGCCUCAGUUUAUGGAUCCUGCCCUGGUGUCCCCAUCACCAGAGUCAGGGGUCUUCUUCCCCUCUGGGCCUGAGGGCUUAGAUGCAGCAGCCUCGUCUACUGCCACGAGCACGGCCAGUGCAGCAGCUGCUGCACUGGCUUACUACAGGGAUGCUGAGGCCUACAGACACUCUCCAGUCUUUCAGGUGUACCCAUUGCUCAACUGUAUGGAGGGCAUCCCAGGGGGCUCACCAUAUGCUGGCUGGGCCUAUGGCAAGGCAGGGCUCUACCCUGCCUCAACUGUGUGCCCUACCCGCGAGGCCUCACCUCCCCAGGCCCCAGAAGAUCCAGACGGAAAAGGCAGCACCAGCUUCCUGGAAACCUUGAAGACAGAGCGGCUAAGUCCAGACCUCUUGACCCUGGGUCCUGCACUGCCUUCAUCACUCCCCGUCCCCAGCAGUGCUUAUGGGAGUCCUGACUUUUCCAGUACUUUCUUUUCUCCCACUGGGAGCCCCCUCAAUUCAGCAGCCUAUUCCUCCCCCAAGCUUCAUGGAACCCUGCCCCUGCCUCCCUAUGAGGCCAGGGAGUGUGUGAACUGUGGAGCAACAGCCACUCCACUGUGGCGGAAGGACAGGACAGGCCACUACCUAUGCAAUGCUUGUGGCCUCUAUCACAAGAUGAAUGGGCAGAACAGGCCCCUCAUUCGGCCUAAGAAGCGCCUGAUUGUCAGCAAACGGGCAGGUACUCAGUGCACCAACUGCCAGACAACCACCACAACACUGUGGCGGAGAAAUGCCAGUGGAGAUCCUGUGUGCAAUGCCUGCGGCCUCUACUACAAGCUACACCAGGUGAACCGACCACUGACCAUGCGGAAGGAUGGUAUUCAAACUCGAAACCGCAAGGCAUCUGGAAAAGGGAAAAAAAAACGGGGGUCGAGUCUGGGAGGUACAGGAGCAGCCGAAGGACCAGCUGGCAGCUUCAUGGUGGUGGCUGGGGGCAGCAGUAGUGGGAAUUGUGAAGAGGUGGCCUCAGGCUUGACACUGGGCCCCCCAGGUACUGCCCAUCUAUACCAGGGCCUAGGCCCCGUGGUGUUGUCAGGGCCUGUUAGCCACCUCAUGCCUUUCCCUGGGUCCCUGCUGGGCUCACCCACAGGCUCCUUCCCCACAGGCCCUGUGCCUCCUACCACCAGCACUACUGUGGUAGCUCCACUCAGCUCAUGAGGGCACAUCACAUAGCCUCAAGCACUGCUCCUCUUAUAGCCAGCAGUGUGUGCAAUCCCACUCCCCGGGCUCCAGACACCCCCCGGCCUGGACCUUCAAAGCUUUUGUAAAGUAAAAUCACCAAAGUCCUGA